AUCGUCUUCCUCUCUCGUCUCUUGUCCCUCUCUCUCUCUCUCGCACAGAAGUCUUCUCUCAGUUGUUGGUCAAAAGGUGAGGGGAGGAAGGAAGGAGAUUUUAGGUGACAUACAAACAAAAAGGUUGCAGACUUCCUUUAAAGCUUUGGUGCCAACUAUAUAAAGAGAGAGUGCAAACAGAAGACGGUUUUGCCAUUAAUGACUGGUUUUGGAUCCUUUUGCUGGAGAUGUGCAUAGUGUGAGGAGAGAGCCAGGGUGGAGGAUGGUCAGAGCCUUCAUAAGGCCUUCAGGUGGGGCUCUGCUGGAGACGACGACCGCCGCCGCCACCAUCACAGGGCAUCUGAGCUCCCCCAAGGUCUCCGGAGCGCCUCUAGCUCCCCACCGACGACGAUGAUGGCAGCCUCUUCCACCAUGAGCAAGGAAUCAGCAAGCUACGACAUGGCGGAAUUCGACCAGUCAGCAAUCUUUCUCUACCUUGAGGAUGGCCACGAUCAAGAACAACAACGACAGACUCUGAACAUCUUUCCAUCGCAGCCAAUGCAUGUGGCCGAGCCAAUUCCUGCUAAGGGUGUUAGCAUGGGCAUGGUGACAGCCAGCAUGCUUCCCAAUGGCAACUCUUCUUCACCCAAGAGACAAGAGCAAGGUGGCCAGCACAGGAGUGUCGCUGCUCCUGCAGGCCCCGUUGUGCCGUUGCCUAGUAACAACUUAGCCAAGGAUAACAGGAAUAGCCUUACUAAGAAGGAAGAAACUAGCGGUGGAAAGGGUGCAGCAUCUGCAGGUAUUGUUCAGGAGAGAGUGAAAGACCCUAAGACACUGAGGAGGCUUGCACAGAAUAGAGAGGCAGCAAGGAAGAGCAGGCUUAGGAAGAAGGCUUAUAUCCAACAGUUAGAGACAAGUAGGAUCAGACUCAGCCAGCUGGAACAACAAGUUCAAGUGGCAAGAGUACAGGGUGUCUUCUUGGGCACUGGUGAGCAGCCAGGUUUUUCUUCUGCCCCUUCACCAGGUAAUAAUAAUGCUGCAGUAUUUGACGUGGAGUAUGGAAGAUGGGUUGAAGAGCACAGCAAGCUGAUGUUCCAGCUGAGGGCCGCGCUAAGCGAGCACCUGGCGGACGAGCAGCUGCAGAGCUUCGUGAAUGGCGGCAUGGCGCAGCACGAGGAGCUGCUGAACCUGAAAGGCGCCAUGGCUAGGGCCGAUGUCUUCCACCUCUUGUCUGGGGUGUGGGUAUCGCCUGCUGAGCGUUGCUUCCUUUGGUUGGGAGGUUUUCGCCCCUCGGAGGUUAUAAAGGUGAUGCUAAAGCAUGUGGAGCCACUGUCAGAGGGCCAGAUCCUUGGCAUCUACCAACUCCAGCAGUUAGUGCAGGAGAGGGAGGAGGCUCUGAACCACAGCAUGGAAGCCACCCAGCAGAACAUCUCGGACAUCGUCGCUGCUCCUGAUGUCGCCCCCGCCACCUUCAUGGGCCACAUGUCCCUCGCCAUGAACAAGGUCGCCGCUAUGGAGAGCUUCGUCAUGCAGGCAGAUGGGCUAAGACAGCAGACCCUCCACAAGCUCCACCACAUCCUGACCACCAGACAGGCUGCUCGUUGUCUGCUUGCCAUCGCCGACUACUUCCACCGCCUCCGCGCGCUCAGCACGCUCUGGGUUGCAAGGCCCAGGCAGGACGACGGCCCGGGGCUGCAGUAGUAGAUGUAUGAUGAAAGCUCAGCUCACACAAUAAAAUGACGAAGAAGAAGUACAAUAAUACAUGCUUGUGCAAGUUUGAUUGUUCCUCUUCUUCUUGCAUGCAUGCAGGCUAGAUUGUUGUGUCCCAGGAAGAAAGCAAUGCAUGCAAGAUCGAAUUAACUAGCUGAUCUAAUUUAUUGGGAAGCAGUGUAAGGUCGCUUAAUUAGUUUGAUCUCUGCUGGUGAUGCACACUGAAGAAAGGGUUAUUGUUCUUCAGAUGUGUGACGACUUGCAACUUUUUUUAAGGUGUACAUACAGUGUUAGGGGGCAGAGAUCGAAGAUAUUUAGGAACUAAGAAUAGUGGAGACCUGCUUGUUGGGCUUCCCUUUUGUUCCUAACUUAUGCUUAUGCACCAACUGAACAUCAUGCAUUUUGGGUAGCUCUCCUCUGAAUGAAUUAGCCGGUAACAGGUUUACACUA